CGGGCGAUGAGGCGGCGGCGGCGGCGGCCGGGGCUGCCGGACUUUAGUUUCUGGACGUGAGAAGAACUGAGGCCGGAAGACAAGAUGACCACGGCUGCCGAGAGGAAGUACGCUAACAUCAGGAAGAGACUGGACCAGCUCGGCUACCGGCAGGCUCUGGCCGUGGAGUCUUUGCCGCUGGUGGAGAAGCUUUUCAGUGACUUAGUUCACACGACAGAGAGCCUUCGGCAAGCAAAAUUAUCUACUGUGAAAGCGGAAAAAGAAAGCGCCAAUUUUGAUUUUGUGUUGGAGCCCUAUAAAGUGGAAAAUGCAAGAUUGAGUAGGGAAAAUAAUGAGUUAUACCUGGAGUUGAUGAAAGUGCGAGAACAUUCAGACCAGCAUGUAAGAGACCUGAAAACCACUUUGAAGAAGUGUGCCCGGGAAACAGCCGACCUGAAGUUUCUUAAUAAUCAGUAUGUUCACAAGCUCAAGCUUUUGGAGAAAGAGGGCAAAGCUAAAAAUGAAAAAAUUCAGCAACUUCAAGAAAAGAAUUUGCAUGCUGUAGUACAAACUCCAGGUGGCAAGAAAAGAAGCAUUGCUUUUAGGCGGCAGCGCAUGCAGAUCGACGAGCCGGCGCCCCCGUCGGAAGUCAGCUCUUACCCGGUCCCCCAGCCCGAGGACCCCUACAUCGCAGACCUGCUGCAGGUGGCUGAUAACAGGAUUCAAGAACUUCAACAGGAAGUCCAGCAGUUGCAAGAAAAGUUAGCGGUGAUGGAAAGUGGAGUGAGAGACUACAGCAAGCAGAUUGAGCUGAGAGAACGAGAGAUAGAACGGCUGUCCGUGGCCUUGGAUGGUGGUCGCUCCCCUGAUGUCCUCUCGCUGGAAAACAGAAAUAAAGCCAACGAAAAGCUGAUCGCUCAUUUAAAUAUCCAGGUGGACUUUCUUCAGCAAGCUAACAAGGACCUGGAAAAACACAUCCAAGAGCUUAUGGAAACCAAAGAAACCGUGGCCACGGAAGUUGUUAAUUUAAGUAACAAAAAUGAAAAACUCUGCCAGGAAUUAACUGAAAUCGACCAGUUGGCACAGCAGUUGGAAAGACACAAGGAGGAGGUGCUGGAGACUGCCGAUAAAGAACUCGGGGAAGCAAAGAAUGAGAUUAAGAGAAAGCUGUCUGAAAUGAGGGAUCUGGAAGAAACAGUGGCAAAACUUCAGCUGGAAUUAAACUUAUGUCAUAAAGAGAAGGAAAGACUGAGUGACGAGCUGCUUCUGAAGUCAGAUCUGGAAACGGUUGUCCACCAGCUUGAGCAAGAAAAGCAAAGACUGAGCAAGAAGGUGCAGAGUUUCGCAGUUUCAGAAAGAGAACUCACUUUGGAAGUUGAGAGAAUGAGGCUAGAACAUGGAAUAAAACGUCGAGACAGGUCGCCUUCCCGUUUAGAUACAUUUCUGAAAGGUAUAGAAGAAGAACGAGAUUAUUAUAAAAAAGAGCUAGAAAGACUCCAACAUUUAAUACAGCGAAGAUCUGGCUCUACAAGUUAUGGUGCACGUGAAAAAGCUCCAGCAUUUAAAACACAAGAAAAGAGUGAUCACAAUUCAGAACUCCAUCUGAUCACAAGAGAAAGAGAUGAGCUUCAGCGUAUGCUGGAAAGAUUUGAAAAAUACAUGGAGGACAUACAGGCCAAUGUGAAAUUAUUGACAGCAGAAAGAGAUAAACUCAGUGUCUUGUAUAAUGAAGCUCAGGAAGAGUUAUCCGCGCUCCGGCGGGACUCCAGCCAGGCCGCCGUCUCCAGCAAUAUCGUUAGUCUCAUGGAGAAGGAGAAGGAGCUUGCAGUGUCCGACCUUCGAAGAGUGAUGGCAGAAAAUGAAACUUUGAGAGAAAAGUUAAAUAAUAUUCAAGAAAUGAAUGUUUUUGAAAAAUCAGAAUUAGAAAAAACUGUUGAUCAUUUGACACGUGUUAAUCAUCAGCUUGAAGAUGAAAAAUAUGAACUAAAAUCUGAAAUGUUACUAAUGAAAGAAAAAAUGGAGUCAUUAGAGAGCAGAUCAAAAUACCAAGCUCAGAAACUUUUCCACGUUGCUGGUGACUCCGCUCAUCACAAGUCAGAGAUGCACUCCCUCAAGAUAGUAAAUGAGCAGCUAGAGCGGUCACUUGAUGACUAUCAGCACCGACUCGCCAUCAAAAGAGGUGAACUGGACUCAGCCCAGGCACACAUUAAAACACUGGAGGAAAAGAUAGAUAAACUAAACCUUAAGAUCAGUUCGCAGGAUGAGGAGGCCCAUGUAAUGAAAAAGACCAUUGGUGUCAUUGAUAAAGAAAAGGAUUUUCUUCAGGAGACUGUAGACGAAAAGACGGAAAAGAUGGCGAAAUUGCAAGAAAACCUAGCGAGCAAAGAAAAAGCUAUUGCACAGAUGAAGAUAACUGUCUCAGAGUUUGAUAAAUCUAUGAACCAGCUAAAGGAAACCUUGAGUACCCGGGACCGGGAGGUCAGCAGCCUCCGGCGCCAGCUGGACGAGGCCCAUAAGGAACUUGAUGAAGUUGGAAGAUCCAGAGACAUGGCUUUUAAGGAAAACAGAAGGUUGCAGGAUGACCUGGCGACAAUGGCAAGAGAGAACCAGGAAAUCUCAUUGGAACUGGAAGCAUCAGUGCAAGAAAAAGAAGAAAUGAAGAAUAGAGUUCAUAAUUAUAUAACUGAAGUAUCUCGAUGGGAGAGCCUGAUGGCUUCUAAGGAAAAAGAAAACCAAGACCUGUUAGACAAAUUCCAGAUGCUUCAUAACCGGGCUGAGGACUGGGAGGUGAAAGCCCACCAGGCAGAGGGAGUGAGCAGUUCUGUUCGGCUGGAGCUGCUGUCUAUUGACACGGAGAGGAGACACCUUCGAGAAAGAGUGGAGCUGCUGGAGAAGGAGAUCCAGGAGCACAUCAGUGCACAUCACGCCUACGAGUCCCAGAUCUCGUCGAUGGCAAAAGCCAUGUCCAGACUGGAAGAGGAGCUGAGGCUGCGGGAGGACGAGAAGGCCGCGGUGCUGGGCGACCUGUCCUCCCUCCGAGAGCUCUGCAUCAAGCUGGACUCGGGCAAAGACGUCACCACCCAGCAGCUGAACUCCAAGAGCCUCGAGUAUGAGAGGGCUGUGGCAGAGUUAGAAAAUGUAAAAUCAGAGUCUGAGAUGUUAAAGAAACAGCUGUUAAAUGAAAGACUCACGAUUAAAAACCUCGAAGCGUUAUUGGCUUCAAAUAGAGAUAAAGAAUUUCAUUCUCAUUUAACCUCCCACGAGAAGGAUACAGAGAUUCAACUCCUUAAAGAGAAGUUAACCCUUUCAGAAAGCAAAUCAACUAGUCAAAGCCGGGAAAACGCCAUGCUUCGAGCCAAAGUGACGCAAUUAGAAACAGACCAUGAUGCUCUGAAAAGGCAGAUUUCAGCAGAAAAAUAUGAACGAGAGCGUGCGAUCCAGGAGAUGCGUCGGCACGGCCUUCCUACGCCCCCGCUCAGCUCCACUCUGAAGUCUGCUCCACAGUCCCCUCAGCACGUUGACGUGUGAUCGCCAGAGCGUGGUGCCUGUCGGUGAGUCUGCGGCUCGGCGCGCUGCCGCCAAAGCGCUUGGAGUACUUGUUCCUGAAAAUCAUGCACAUGGACCAGAUUCUACCUCUGUCAACUGUUCAAAUCAGUGAAGACAAAUGCAAAAAUUGUGCUGUAAAAAACUAUUUUUUCAUAUACAGGGCAGAACAAAAUAUGCACUAACAGUACCUAACUUUUUUUAUUGCUCAUUUAAAUUACCCCUGAAAAUCUGUUUAUACUGUGAGUUAAUACACUGUCUUUUUGUUCAUAUCAUAAUUAAUCACCUACUUCUUUGUGAGCCCCGAUACAUAUGUUAAUAUUCUUACACUGUAUGUUUCUAAGUUGCUUUUUGCGUCUAUGCAUGUUCAUAUGCCGUAUCUUAAUGUGUCACAGCCAGGGCGUGGUGUUGGUGCCUAAAGUUAAUGACUUACAGCAUUGCUGAAGCUGAGAGAAGCACCCUCGAAUCUGGGCUCACUGGAGCUGCAGAGGUCCCGAUCAAGUGGGGUGACCCUCCUGGCUGCUGCACACCGUGCUGCAUGAACGUCACCUCGAGAAACAACACCGAGCCGAACGCUGCAUCCAGAGGGGUACAAAACACAACAGAAAUUUGGGGCAUUUCUCAGGAAAUGAAACUUCCCAGCAUAUCUAAACUUCCAAAGAAUCCAAAUAUAGGGGAGUCAAUAUAGCAAAUGUCGUAUGUUAUUAACAUUCCAAAAUGCAUUUAAUAAUACCAGUUUUUGCCUCUGAACCUGCUAGUCUUCCCGAACAGCACUGAACAGUAGCAUCUAAAACAGCUCCUUACAAGUAAUUUUCAAAGCCAUAACUUUAUUUAAGUGUAUACACAAUUAUUAACAAAAAAACAGAAGAGUUUCAGUUACAAAAGUAAGUCAUGUCUUAACUAUAGAUUUGGAGAAAAUCCUGUUCUGAAUAGAUUUCAUUAUGAGUGAGAAAGCAGCUAAAAGCUGUUGUAGGUCAGGGCCAGCAAGUGUAUGUCAUGUCCCCUGCAUGUGCUGUGUGGCCCCGAGGGCGGCGGGCACGGUGUGCCCCGUGGAACACCCACUGGGUCUGAGCUGGCAUUCCCUGCAUGUGCCGUGUGGCCCCGAGGGCGGCGGGCACGGCGUGCCCCGUGGAACAUCCACUGGGUCUGAGCUGGCAUUCCCUACAUGUGCUGUGUGGCCCCGAGGGCGGCGGGCACGGCGUGCCCUGUGGAACACUCAGCAGGUCUGAGAUGAGCCUGCUCUGACCUUCCCCGUCACGUCUGUCCCUGUCGCCCAUGGGCGAGCUGGUGUUAGAGCCUGAGGAGUUGGACCGUUGGCAGUGGAAUGUGGACACUUUUUUGGUAAACGUGUAAAUAAAUAUCUGCCCCCCAACUUUCCCCUGUAGCAGCAUCAAGAAAUAUUUUGUUAGAUAUUUUAUAGUGUUUUUUAUAAUUUAAAAAUGUGUAACUUGCCAUAAUUGCUAUUUUCAUAACUGUGAUGCUACAUUUUUUUUAAAAAAAGAAUGAGUUUUACCCUCUUAAGGUAUGUUUUUUAACUUUGAUUUAAAUAAUUCUAAAUUAUGGAGCUUGACAUAGAUUUGCCAAUAAACUUACCAGU